AUGGAGCCAGACUCGAUUGGAUUCGACCAGUCGCCGGAGCUGGCGCCAUUCAUAGACGAGAUCUUGCAAGAAGGGAACAACUUAUUGAAUUCUGCCAACGAUCCAGACAUGGAGUUUCUUUUCGAAAAUGCACACGAAGAGCGUUUUGGCGGUCAAUCAACGAACGAAGGAGAACGCAAUUUAGGCACAAUUUACGAGUCCGAGACGCCUGUCUCUCAGCCCCGAGCUUUCCACAAUUACGACGCGUGCUCGAUGGGCAGCAAUGACAAUCACUCGCCCUCAUAUAUGAGUGGGUCUCCUCAAUUUCGAACGACGGCGAUCGAAGAGCUCACUCCCAUUGUAUCAUCGCCUAGCUCGUCUUCCGAUCACUUUGGAUCACAAGCGAGCAACAGCCCUCCUUCGCGAGCUCAAGCGAAAGAAUAUUUUGGCCCGAUUGACUCCGCGUAUCUCGAAAAUAUUAUUCCGGUGAAAACUGAGAUCCCAUCCGAUUCGCCGAAACAGAUCCUGUUCCUACAAGUUCCAACGAGUUCGCCAGAACGUACGGCAGCCCAAAACUCAAACCAAGGUGCAGUCACAAGUGACACAAGUUCAACCGUUAAAGUUGAAAACGGCAAUACAACAGCCUCAAAACGUCCCAAAAAAGUUCAAAGAAGUAACCAGCACAACGUGAUUGAAAAACGAUAUAGACAUUCCAUCAAUGAUCGGAUUGAUGAUCUGCGAAGCAUUCUCAGUGGAAAAGAAGGAAAAAUGUCCAAAUCGGCGGUGCUACGCAAUGCCAUUGAAGAGAUUGAAAAGCUGCGCAAGAGAAACAAGCAACUGGAGGACGAAAUUGUCGAGAUGGUGUUUUGUUUCUUCGGCAUUUUAUUCUUAUUCGUGCCGCUAACUAAUUACUUCGACAUACCACAAUUCUUGGGCUGUCCCCAGUCACUAAAGGAUGUCUCGCAUGUGAUUCCGGAGGUUGACCAAACUAUCAACAAUGUCGCUGAAAGAGCGAACGAGCUCGUACAGAAAUGGACUGCGAUUUUCAUGUUCGUUUUUAUAAACGGAGCGAUCUUCGUCUAUUUCAUGUACAGAGGGCUGAUCCAGAUGGAGCCGGUGACUCCGCAUGACUCCUCGGAAUAUAAGCAGUUCCAUACUUCGUAUACACUCGCAGUACGGGCGUUUCAAAACAACAACUUGGAGAGGGCUCAACAUCGUGUCAAUUACUGCCUCAAUACACUAGGGCGUUUCCGUGCGCGAUCGUCGCUGCAAGGGAUAGGAUCCAUUCUCUGGUGUUUGAUCCUAUACGCAAGCAAUAAGCUCGGCAUCAAAUGGUUCGUCUGCUGCCUGGCCUCAAAGAUUGGCUCCGAUGAGCACCGUGAGUCGUCCAGUCUAGCUUCAAAAGCAUUCUCGCUCACAGCGAAGAUAAGUUUCGCCAAAUAUGACCAAGAAGGCGUCUCGAGAUUCGCGCUCCUCUCUUACGUCGCUCAAUCAAUGCUUUUACUCCAACAGGCUGGCGACAAGAUUGGACCCACCGAGACAUGUGAAAUCUACAUCCAAGCUUUGGCGAUUAUUCGAACUAUCUUACCGCAAUUCGUGGCCAAAAUCUUUGAUGUGCGACUCCUGAGACGAAUCAAAGCCCUUUCGAAGAAAGACAUAGACGGAAAGCUUAUCUGGGUGACAGACCCAACUGGGAUCGAUUUUCUCGAAAAUGAGAAGCUCUUGAAUCUGGAUUCGACCUUCACUUCGAAGGCGCGUUCGAUGUGUGCUCUUGAACGAGUUAGCAGCGCAUACCGCAGCUACUUAUUCGGAUUGACCAUGAACAAUCUAUUCAACAGGUGCGAAGUGGACAUCGACACCAUUGUUCAUCAGCUUGAUCUUCUCCAGAGCUGCAGCAGAGAUGGUCUCGACCCGCUUAUGUACUUUUUCACGUCUGUUAUCCAAUGGGCUCUCAUCCAUGUUGACCAUGACUACAUAAAAAAGUUAUUUCCGUUGACCGACAAGCGGAAGAAAGAACUGAUGGCUACGAUCGAAAACACGCCGCCAGAGUUAGGACAAAUCAACUCAGAUCCCGGCUCCUGUCGUCUUGGAGUAGCAAGUUUCCUCCUUUACAAAGCGUCAAUUAGCACUCUGUCUUCCGAAGAUCUGCUGAACAUGUUGGAACUUAUCAACGUCCGCCUAGAAAGAGCUUGUCAGGAGUUCGGGAACGCAUGUAAAACAGAUCGCGUCACCGGUUUGCAGCUUAUUGCUUCUAUCGCGGACCUUGUUCUCUCACUGGCUACGCAAACAUUGCCAAGUCUGGAGAAGAACAAGGGCAAACUUAUGAUUAUUGCCGAGAGAAUGCGCGAUACGUCUGGUAUCAUACGCCACGUUAAUACAUUUCUUCAACCAAAAAAAACUCGUCUUGGACGCUGGGAGAGCUGCAUCGCAACACUUACUUUUACCAACCCUGUCACCAUUUUUGAGCGCACGAGUGUUUACGGAACACAGAAACCAGUUACUGAAAGUAAUUCGGAGUCAGACUCCGAUCAAGGGCAACAGACCACUGCACAGACUUUAGAGACUGACAGCUCAACAGGAAGAGAUGGUGCGAGCGAGCUUACCGCCUGCGUUUGCCGCCAUACGUCUGUAAAAGAGCCCGCCCGCUAA